GCCAAUCAGGCCGGUCUCGUGUUGAGCUAGCGCGAGGCUGUGCACGGCGCCUUAAGAGGAGUGAAGCGAGACCCAGCGAUUCCACACGAGCAAACAAUACAAGUUCAGGAAGUGAGGAUCACCAGGAAGAGCAGUUCAAGAUGGCAAAAGGAGACCCCAAGAAGCCCAAAGGCAAGAUGUCCGCCUAUGCCUACUUCGUGCAGACGUGCCGCGAGGAGCACAAGAAGAAGAACCCAGAGAUUCCCGUCAACUUCUCCGAGUUUUCCAAGAAGUGCUCGGGCAGGUGGAAGACCAUGUCUGCUAAGGAGAAGUCCAAGUUUGACGAUCUGGCGAAGCAGGACAAAGCCCGGUAUGACAGUGAAAUGAAGAACUACGCGCCGGCCAAGGGUGGGAAGAAAAAGGACCCCAACGCUCCCAAGAGACCACCGUCGGGCUUCUUUCUCUUCUGCUCAGAGCAGCGCCCCAAAAUCAAGGCCACCAGCCCCAGCCUCAGCAUCGGAGAGGUGGCCAAGAAGCUCGGGGAAAUGUGGAACAACCUCACUGAUGGGGCCAAGCAGCCCUAUCUGAACAAGGCCACAAAGCUGAAGGAGAAAUACAAGAAGGACGUGGCCGAUUACAAAACCAAAGGGAAGGUGGACGGAGCCAAGAUGGCCCCCAGGGCAGCCCCCAAGAAAGGCAUGGACGACGAGGACGACGACGAUGAGGAGGAAGAGGACGAAGAGGAGGAGGAAGAGGAGGACGACGAUGAAGAUGACGACGAAUAGGGUUUUUUUUUCAGCAUGAUUGCAAUGGGGUAGGGAAAACACUGGAAAUUACAGCGCCAGCCCCAUCCCUCUUUAGAGACCCUUUGCUUAUUGUGCUCAACCAAUAAAGUUUAGCUUAGUACGCCAUGCUGCAAGUUUCACCACCAAGUGAUUUUUGUCCCCCCCUGAUCUUAUCCCUCCCCUGUGUACAAUCUGCCCAGGCCCACUGUGUGUAGGAAUGUCUUCUGAUUUCUCCAGUGUUCUCCUGGUUCAUUGUAUAUUGCUGGCUAAGUAACAGGAAGCAUUUAAAUAAGUUGUAGCAUUGCAAUAUAUAUAUAAAUAUUUUUUUUAAAAGAGAAUUUGUAAAGUGGUGUGUAAUUGUAUAUGAUUAUUGGUUUAGAUUUUUUUCCCUCUCUCUCUCUCUCUCCUGGGUGUUAAAUUGUACAGAUAUAUAGUUUGUAAGAGACGUACCAAUAUUUUGACAUUCCUGAAAUUGGGGAACGGACUAGGCCAGAUGUCUCCAGUCCUAGUUCCGGAGAGCUGGUGUCUGCGCUGAGUUUCUCCUCUUUAGGCCUCUUCAAAGCACCCGAAGUUGAAUCGGUCCAGUUAAACCAGAAGUGGGCUGAUUUUUAAGUAGUUCAGAGCUUGGCUGGACUGAAGACCUGCAGGUUUGCCCAGCCCUCCAGGAUCAGGAUUGUGCACACCCAUUCUCGAUACAGGCCCUCGACCCUGCUGAUUCUGUUCCAUUCCACGUCUUUGCUCCAGCUGACUCUUGGUGAUUGUCAUGGUCUUUAGCACCCAGGUUAAUCCAUUGGAAGGUGCAAAGUACUGUAAUGGAAUCGUGCUGUUGGGAGUGGACUGCCCUGGCCUAGAACUUGCCACUUUCAGUGUGUGCUACAAAAAGGCUGGUGUCUUUUUACACUGCGUUGGCUGUCUCUUUAGCUUCAAGUGUCUUUGUAUAUAGCGAACUAGCAUUCUGCAGCAAUUUUGGUACAGGAAGGGUGCGAUAGCAUGAAAGAUUGUGGACUUUUUCUUUAAGGGUUUUAAGUGUGUUUUUUUAAACUGUUGUAGGACUCCCAUUUGUUUCAAGUGGAGAGGAAGUGCAGCUGUUGAUGUUAAACCUGUACUUAAAGACUUUGCAACUAAACUAUGAUUUCAUUUUUUGUAUGUUUAGGAUGCUACAAUGUUUUGGAAGUUAAUAAAACAGUAUUACAUUUUUAUAUCUCU